UUCUUCGUUGAACUUAAGCUCAGCCCUGAAACUCUCUCUCUUCAUUUCUCAAAUUAAAAGUUCAAUAAUUAGAAAAUAUAAUUCGAUGUAAAUUAUUAUUAUUUUAUUCUCACAAAAUCCCAGUCUCUAUGCACCGUUCUUCUCACAAGCUUUCAGGUGAAGAGCUUGCAUAUUGCUUUCCCUUAAUCAUUCAGCAAUCAAUUUACAGAGGCAGGUAUAUCCCUAAUGGUGGUUUGCUAGUAGGUAAUUUGAAGGAUCAGAGAACAUAUUCCAGCCAGAAUCUAUUUGAGCCAGUUAGUGAAAGGAACACCACCAGUGGUCAAUUUCUCAAUCAACCUUCACAAAGAAGCUCAAGUGAAUCUAGUUGUUAUAAGAAAUUUGCACUUGCUGAAACUCAUCCUAUUAUCCAGUCUAGUAGUCUUCAGCAUUGGUUCAAAAAUUGGCAAGAACAGAGAAAGCAUAAAUUGACGGCUAGCACAUUUGCUGGGGCAGUUGGGUUUUGGCCUAUUCGAAGGACCCAGCUCUGGCUAGAGAAAAUUGGGGCAAUUGAGCCAUUUUCUGGUAACUUAGCUACGUGUUGGACCAAUAUCAAAGAAGAGGUAGCACUAGAAAGAUAUAAACUGAUUACUGGGAAUACAGUUGAUUUUCCUGAAUUUCAGGUUUACGGUAAGAUGAAUCCAGAAUAUAGUUGGUUAGCAGCUUCACCUGAUGGUCUAGUGGACCAGUUUGUUUAUGGUUUGUCUCUUAGAGGAGUAUUGGAGAUAAAAUGUCCAUUUUUCGGUGGAGAUAUGAGUAAGGCUUUCCCUUGGAGGCAGAUCCCUCUCUAUUGCAUUCCACAAGCUCAGGGUUUAAUGGAAAUCAUGGACCGGGAUUGGAUGGACUUCUAUGUUUGGACUCCAAAAGGAAGCAGUCUGUUUAGGAUAUACCGAGAUGUAGAGUAUUGGGCUGCUCUCAAAUUGGCACUCUCUGAUUUUUGGUGGAAGCAUGUUCAACCAGCCAAAGAAAUAUGUAGUAAACACGUGAUAACAGAUCCUCUUAUAGAAUUAAAGUCAGUAAGGCCAGCCUCCAGGCAUGAAUUAUGUGGCUAUAUAGUUCAUGAAAGUAAACGUAUUGGUGAUAACUCUAAUGUGUUGAUGCGUGAAAUAAAUGGAAAAUUGACAGAAUGAUUUGCUUGCUGAGAUAUUGAAUUUUGAACCAAGUCUAAUUCAUCAAUAGCAAUGCCUUCUUGAGCUUUUUAACAAUUAUUGAAUAUUUUGGUUACUAUGAAUUCUUUCCCCUAAAAUCAAGGUUGAGGUUUUUGUUCAUAAUGGUUGCCAACCUGGAUAUACGGAGCUACUAUUAGGAGCACUUCUCCCUUUAGUUGGACAAGUUUGAAUGCAUAUAGUUGUUGAAAGAGUUCAUAGGAACCUCAGUCGAUAAGUGAAUAUUGAGAAAUGAAGAAGACUAUAUUGCCAAAUAGGGUGUUUAGAGGUUUGGAAUCCAUCACGCUUCUUAUUGUGUGAUGAUGUGCUCUUUCCUUUGCAAUGCUUAAAAUGGUUUGGGAUGGAAAAGUUUAGGUUGCUCUUUGCUGAUUCUGGUUCACUUCUGCAUGAAGGUUGGAGUUGGACAUCAAAUUCUUGUUGGCAUUAU